UUUGGGUUGUGCAGCCCUCCGGGGGAACCAACCCCAAAGCCCGCGGGAGACGGGGAGGCGUGUCCUCAGAGCGGGAGUCCCCAUUGGCUUCAGUGCUGGCAGGAGGGUCGGAUGGUUCAGCCGCUCUUGUUCUUUGGUCCGCUGAUUUCAUGGGGUGGGACUUGGCUCGGCCUAAAUUCUAUCCGCGGUCCCGGACCGGUUUCAGGGCGAAGCUGCCAUGCGUUCCGGGGGCCGCGGGCGGCCCCGGCCACGGCCCGGAGAACGCGGCCUCUUGGAGCCACCCUCACCGCCCAAGCGCCGCCUGCUACCGCGGGUGCCGCUGUUGCCCCUGCUGCUGCUGGCGCUGGCCGUGGCCUGGGCGUUCUACACCAUCUGGAGCGGCUGGCACCGCCGGACGGAGGAGCCGCCGCCGGCCCGGGAGCUGCGGGGCCCGUUGAUCGGAAGCCUCCCCGAAGCCCGGCUGCGGAAGGUGGUGGGGCGUCUGGACCCACAGCGUCUCUGGAACGCUUAUCUGCGCCCCCUGCUGGUUGUACGGACCCCGGGCAGCCCGGGCAAUCUCCAAGUCAGAAAGUUCCUGGAGGCCACGCUUCGGGCCCUGACGGCAGGCUGGCAUGUGGAGCUGGACCCCUUCACGGCCUCGACGCCCCUGGGGCCACUGGACUUUGGCAACGUGGUGGCCACACUUGACCCAGGGGCUGCCCGUCACCUCACCCUUGCCUGCCAUUACGACUCCAAGCUCUUCCCAUCUGGGUCGGCCCCCUUCGUGGGGGCCACGGAUUCGGCUGUGCCUUGCGCUCUGCUCCUGGAGCUGGCCCAAGCCCUUGACUUGGAGUUGAGCAGAGCCAAGAAUCAGGCGGCCCCGGUGACCCUGCAGCUGCUCUUCUUGGACGGUGAGGAGGCACUGAAGGAGUGGGGACCCAAGGACUCCCUGUAUGGCUCCCGGCACCUGGCCCAGCUCAUGGAGUCUGCACCCCACAGUCCCGGCCCCACCAGGAUCCAGGCCAUUGAGCUCUUUAUGCUUCUGGAUCUCCUGGGAGCCCCCAACCCGACCUUCUACAGUCACUUCCCUCGCACGGCCCGCUGGUUCCAUCGACUGCGGAGCAUCGAGAAGCGCCUGCACCGUUUGAACCUGCUACAGUCUCAUCCCCAGGAGGUGAUGUACUUCCAGCCUGGGGAGCCCUUUGGCUCUGUGGAGGACGACCAUGUCCCCUUCCUCCGCCGAGGGGUCCCGGUGCUCCACCUCAUCUCCACGCCCUUCCCCUCUGUCUGGCACACGCCUGAUGACUCUGAAGCCAACCUGCACCCACCCACAGUACAUAACCUGAGCCGCAUCCUCAUUGUGUUCCUGGCUGAAUACCUGGGGCUCUAGCCUGCCUGGCUGACUCUGAAGGAGAAGUGUCCAGCAGGAGACGUGCCGAGGGCACCUGGAGCCAAUGGAGCUCAAACCGGGCCCGCCUGGGGUGUGCUGGCUUGUCCUUAAUACCUUCGGCUCUGCUUGGGCUAUGAUUGGAAGACCCUCUUUCCUUUGACUAUCUUAAGCUGCCACUCUUCAAAGACAUAGAAGAGACCAGUAUGGGGGUGACCACCAAAGGAAUCAGAGCUCGGCCCUGCCCUGAGGGAAACACUUGGGCUGAAAGUUUGCAGAGGCCAAAUGCUGUUCUCAGGUUUAGUCAGCAAACCUCGCAUUGGCAUCUGGACCAGCAAUACAACCCAACCAAAUGAAUUCCCUGUGGCUCAUGUUUUUCUGUCAGUUUGUUCUGCAGAAUGGCAGCCUUGCUACUGCACCAGUCCAAACCUAACUUCCACAUGGAUACGCCAUGUGGGGCCCACAGAGGAUGCGCUCAUAAGCAGGAACAGAGGAGACGGAAGCCAAUACUUGAGAACUCUCGAUUCUGCCAGCUCCAAUGGGCAUUAAACCAGUGUUUCUGCAAAACGUAUUCUACAGAACUAGCACAAAUAGGUGUUGCAUGAAAAAGGGGAUUAAAAAAGCAGGGUGAACAAUAUUAAAUGAGUUUCUUCAUUGCACAAU